UCAACUGUAAGACAAAGAUGAUAACAGUAAUGAAGGUCUCUCACUCACGCCCUUAUUGGAUUGUUCAUGAGAUACACUACAGGUAAAGUACUUAGUCUUGCUGGUAUCAUUCUUGUUACUAUUGACAAGAAUGCUACAGUUGCCUAGUAGAGAGUCAAGAGGGAGAGAUUUACUUCUUUUCCACUCCCAAGGAUUUGAAGGAGCUUCUGGAAGAAUCAUGUCAUCAGUUUGGAAGACUCCCCGUGGAUCAGAGGCAAUGCCCGAGGUGGUGGUGAAAAUCAUCGGAAGUAAACACUUUCGAUACCUUGUGGAGAAGCCAAAGAUCAAGGAGAAUGAGAACUUGAAGGCAGCAACCCAAACAGUGCUCCAGGGAUCUGUGACUGGUAAUGCAGGGCAGAUGAGCGGAGACCCCUCAGCUGCUACUAAUCCCACUGACCAUCCGAUUGAUCAUGACCCAGAUGAUGUGGAGGAGAGCAAGCAUCUGGAGAAAAACCAGAACCCAGAGAACAACCAGAAACUCCCAACAGGAGCACUCAGUAGCAGAUUUCUGGAUGGCAAAAUUCCCAACCAGACAAAUGUCCAUUGCAGCUCUGUACCAACUGGAGACCAGUCCCUGUCCUAUAUCCAUGGCCUCCCCAGGAGAAACCUUAGAGACUGGUCCUUGAAACAGGUGGCAAAGGGCAGCUCUGACCAACCUGAGAUAUUGACCAAAGGCCAGGUGGAACAACAGGAGAAGACACUUCUUGCCCUGGUCAGAAGUGAGCUCAAGUCACGGCCUCUGAGUCUCAGCUUAUUAGAGAAGCUUCAGAAAGAGCUGAAGAUCCUGGAUCCUACCUCUUCAGGAUUUCUUCUUCAAUCUCAGCUGAGCCGACUCUUCUUGAGGCAUGAAGUCCCUCUACAGUUACCAACCAUCAAGAUCCUUUGCCAGAGAUGUUCCAGGAGGGGCUCUCCUGAAAUGGUGAAUUAUGGAAAACUACUCUGGUUUUUAAAACUUGCAGCUUCAGAUGACCCACAGCAAAGCAAGAGGGUUGUGAACAGCAACCCGGGGAAAACUCAGGGUGGUUGCCAUCACAGCCAAAGCGUUUCCCCUGCCCCGUCAAGCAAUACUGCCCCUCAAGACUCCGCUUCGCAGUCAGAAGUGAACAAGAGCCUGUUGGAGAUCUUGAAGAUGAUGCUAAGGACAACCAAUGACAAACUCAACAUAGAGAACCUCAAUCUGAGUUUUCGCAAAGAAGAUCACUCGUUCUCUGGCCACCUGCCCCUCCACAAGGUCAGAGCUAUAUGUGGGAAACAUGGAUUAUAUCUGACUUUGAGCCUCCUGGAAACAUUGGUUAACCAUCAAGAUCUGGGUUACGAGGAUGAAAUAAAAUGGCGGAAUUUUGUCGAGUUGUUGAGCAGAGCUUCCUCUGACUUGUCGUCUGAUUUCCCUACAGGAGAGAAAGGAAAGGAAACCUCUGCCACUCCAGUGCAACCUGACAUUCCUGAGAGGUCUCAAGGCACAACUGAGCACAUGAAAACUCCAGAAGAGGAUCUGCAGCCAGAAAACCCUCCUGCUGAGACUUCAGCCCCCAAAGAUCCCCUGAGCUCUUUGAAGAUCAGGCCAGUCUCACAGCCUUCCGUGAGUCCAGUGAUGAAGAACGAGUCUGAAGAACGGGAGACAUGGAUUCACAGAUUCAGGAAGCUAGAAAAUGCCCUCUACCUGUGUGAUCUGAGUAAUGCAGGGGUCCUGGAGAAGGACCGAGCCAGACGCCUCAUUCACAACUACAACCUCAUUUACAACCUGUCCCUGAGCCCUCGGAAGAUUGACCAGGCCUUGCGGAGAUUCUGUUCUGGAGGAACUAUGCUCCUGGAGCCAGCGCUUCAGUACUUAAAGGAGCUGUGACAACAGGCCUAUAUUGUGAGAACAAUAUAUUUGUGAGAACAAAUGUGUCCUUGCUCUCCCUUUUCACUCAGACUCGUGUUUGUCCCCAGCUGAGUAUCAUGGUGCAGGCACCGUCAGGGUGGAGGCCCAGGCAGCUAGUGUAGAUGCGUGGACUUGGACUUGAUUUCUGGCUAUCGCAGCUCAAAGUGAUCAGAGAAAACUAGGUUGUCUCUGCUAAGGUGGCAAGAACCCAAUUACUUAAAAUCCCCUUCUAUUCUAAU